AUGGCAUCAACUACUUCUGCCAACGCUUCAUUUGCAUCACCAAGAUCAACUAAAGGUGCCUCAAAACAGCGAAGAGAAAACAUCAACUAUGAGAUAUCGAUGAUCCGAGAUUUGCUGCCUCUACAAGAACCGGUCCGCAAUCGGUUAUCCCAACUUCAAGUGAUGUCAAUGUGCAAAGCUUUCAUUGGAAAAUCGAAUCUCCUGGCUACUUUGACCAGUCCGAAAUCUGAAGAAGUUUUUCAGUCUUGGGAUUUCACGCAGGCUCAGCCAGGAUUCAUGAUGAUAACUGAUUUAACUGGAAAAAUUUUCUACAUUUCGGAGAAUGUAAUGGAGUAUAUGGCUUAUUCAAUGGUUGAUGUUAUAACACAAGCGGAAUCAAUAUUCGAAAUGAUCAGCGAGGACGAUCACCAUCACCUCCAGAAUUUAUUCAAGGAACACAACAACGACAACAACAGCAACAUCAUCACCAACAACAACAUCAACAAACAACAACAUUUGUUGCCGGCCAACAAAUCAACAAUCGUCUUCACUUGUCACAUGGGUAUGAUGAAGCACCCUAGAAGAAACCCAUCCUUCGAUAGAUUCAAAAAGGUAAGAAUUAGCGGAAGAAUCGUACAAAUACGUGAGAAUCAUUUCGAUACGAGACGAUACUUCGUAGCCCUCUGCACGCCUCGCCUCACUCCAAUCAUCGUCUCGGAACCGCAGCUUAUUUUCGAUACGAGCAUAUUCAGGACCGUCCACUCCCUUGACAUGAAGUUCAAUCACGUUGAAGAUAGUGGUCUGCAGUAUCUUGGCUACGAUAGUGACGAGAUUUACUCCAUGUCUUGGUACACGCUUCUGCAUCCAGACAACAUUGAUGAGGCCGUCAAAAAGCAUAAAGAAGUUCUUCAGAUGGUGACCAGCGAAUCUAGCUGUAACCUACUCAUACGUAUGCAGACCAAAUCUGGUUCACUCAUUCAUCUUCAAGUUAUCAUGCAAAAGGAAUCGUCACUGAGUAACGGCCAUUCUUUUGAUGCUACUUUAACCACAACAGCUGCUCAUUACAGCGGUGUCGCGACUAGCGCUGCUUGUAAGCCGAACGAAUGGAGAGUAGAAAUAGACAAGAAAGAGGCCCUUCUGAUGAAGGCGAAAGUUGAAAAUUUGCGUCCAGAAUUUUUCCUCAAACAAGAAAAUCUUUCAUCCGACCACUUCAAAAUUUCGAUUGAAAACAACAACAGCCACAGCAUCGUCAACAACAACAUCGCUAGCAACGACAACAACAACAACAACAAUAGUGAUAAAAAGUUGGAUAGGAGUGAGUUAAUGAAGAAACUUAAACUGAAGAUGCAAAAACCAGUUAAAGAGAAUGCUAAAAAACCAAAAUUAUGCGCUACUGUUAACAUUCCUGCUACUACAGCUAGUAAAUCGAAACAACAUCAAAUGAAGAGCAACAACAAAAACAACAUCAACAACAACAUCAACAACAACUUGAUUCAUCUUAGUCCCAGCAACAUAGGCCUACCAGUCUCCACAACAAGACAGCUCCCACCAGCUUAUCAAACCAUCAACAACAUCAACAACAACAUCAACAACAACAUCAACAUCAACACCUACCAUACGCUAAACAACUUUGAUUUAUCAACGAUCACAAACGACAACAGCAUUUUUGGCAUCGGUGACCUUAGCGUCAAACAAACACCCGGUCUAACCUUACCCCAAAUUAAUUCAAUCACGCAGCAGCAAAUGACAUUCAACCAAACCAUCUCAACCACCAAUCACAUUCCGCACGUGACAAAUCAACCGGACAAUCAAUCUCUAAAUUCCAACAACAACUUCACGAAUUUUCUCAAUGGCUCUCAAAUCCUGACAAUGCCAACACCUGAACGUCAGGCCACCUGGACUCCCAACUCCGUGAUGUCGUCAGAUUCCACUAGCUCGCCUGAUUCUUUCAAUUCCGGAUACAACAAUAUAAAUAAUAACAACUAUAAUAAUAUGAAUAAUAAUAAUUAUAAUUAUAUUAGUAAUAUUUUCAACUCUAUGAGUCCGACUGACGAUAAUCUCACAUUUUUUCCCGCCAACGAAGACCUGGAAAAUAUUAAAUUGACUUUGGCGAACAACUGCAACAACAACAACAACAAUAAUAAUAAUAGAAAUUAUAAUUAUAAUAAUAAUUUCAGCAUAUGUUAUAAUAAUAAUGAUUUCAUGAAUGGGGAUUUUCUCAAGUUAGCGGAGAAUUAUUCGUUGGAGAAAAAAUUAUUGGAGAAAAAGCCGUCGUUCCCAUUGUUGGAGCUGCAGGAUAUUGACGAAUUCUUCAAUAACACCGAGGACUUAUUCCUGGGCGAUGAUACUUUUGGAUUGAAAAGCGAUCCGGAAACUUUGGGAUUGAAGAUUGAAGCCGGAUUAAAAAUGGAAACGAGUGAACUCGAACUGAGAAGUGAAAUGGGAUUGAAAAGCUUAAAAUCGGAGUUAGAAUUGAAGAGUAGCAAUGAAUCAAAUAGUGGGAUGGUGGGAAUAAAGACGGAAACGAGUUUAACUAACGAAGGUCUGAAGGAUGACUUAAUGGAUCUCUCAUUUUCUCAAUUGCUCAAUAAUGAUUUCGAAAACCAGGAGAUGAACAAGAAACAACAACAACAAAUAAAUUCAUUAGACCUAGUUAAUCAGGAAUUAUCGAUAGUCGAAGAAAAUUUAAAACUUGCAGAAAUUAUCGGUCAUUGGUUCAAUAAAAACGACAGCUUACUUGAGCAGCUUAAUCAGCAGCAGCAACUUCAACAGCAGCAACAACAACAGCUGCGUUUUAAACAACAACAACAGCAACAUUCCAACUUUUUUUCAAAUUCUCCUGCUGGUUUCAGGAGUAUAAAUGAGUUUUUCAACAUCAACAACAACAACAACAACAACAACAACAUCAACAACAACAUCAACAACAACAACAACAUCAACAACAACAUCAACAGCAACAUCAUCAACAACAACAACAACAACUUGAAAAGUUGUGUCAAGGCAUUGUAA